AUGGCUGACAACACCCACCUACUCUCCACGGUAGACUCUGAGAAGAUCACGGCGAAGAAAACACGUCUGUUCACCUGUCUCCUCUUCAAUGACAAGCUCCCUCCAAUCCUCACCUUCGUCUCCGCGGCCAUAGCAUUCUCGCUUUCCCUCGUUGCUCUUCUCUCGGGGGCCGAGAAGGGCCAGCUGCAGGACUACGAAGUCGUCGUCUUGAAUACCUCAACCAUUCUUCAAAACGCAAUAAAGGUGGAAAAUGCAGUAUCUGUCACAGCUCUGCUUGGAGACCUAGAAUCAUUUAUCACAGACGUGUUAGGCAACGUUGCAACUUCGUCAGCAGAAGAAGUAGCAAGCGUAGCGAAUACGCUUGUAGGAGAUGUUGUCUCUGCUCUGGGAGUAAAGCAGUGGUACGCAGUUUACUUGACGGAGCUGUGUUCGGGGCACUACGUACCGAGUUAUUCAAUCCCCGGAGCCAGCAGGAACACUACGUCGUGUACACCACUAACAAUUUUCCUGACAAAACUAGACAACUUGAAGCUCGCCAAUCAAACAAACUCCACACUCCAGCUAGGAAACACAGUUCUCGAUUUUUCAGCAAUCAAUAUUCCGAAUAAGUUAGGGAAAGGAGGAGGCGCGCUUAGUACGGUAAUCGAAGCCGCCAUCGUUCUCCAAAUUAUUGGGAUAGUUUGUACCGGUGUCUUGAUCGUGUUUACGCCGUUUAACCUCUUUAUUGAGUUCUUUCGGAAGCGGUGGUUCACUGUGAUCAUUGCUUCGCUGACAUUCAUCGCGACGGGGUGUUUCGGUUUCGUUACGGGGUUGGAAACGGGAAUACAUAUUGCUGUUGAGGCGCUUGUGAAGGAAGUGAUAGAUGGGUUAGGGGUGGAGACGUAUGGAGGCACGGGAUUGCUGGUGAUACUUUGGGUGAAGCUUAUAUUUAUGGUGACGACUUCGACAGUUUGGGUUUUAAGCUGGCAUGACGCAAGGUAUGUGGUGAGGGAGAAGGCAGAGAGGGAGGCAAAGAGGCCGGUGGUGACGACAGCGAGUUCGACUUAUCCGAGGUCAAUGGAAAGAAUAGUAACGCCGGAGCGGAUUGGGACAACGAUAUAA